AUGUCGAAGGUUGUGAGGAGUGUAAAGAAUGUUACCAAGGGAUACUCGUCUGUGCAGGUCAAAGUCCGCAAUGCGACGAGUAAUGACCCUUGGGGCCCUACAGGAACAGAGAUGGGGGAAAUUGCGGCGAUGACUUUUCAUAGUCCCAGCGAUUUCUACGAGAUUAUGGACAUGCUAGAUAAGCGACUGAACGAUAAGGGCAAGAACUGGCGACAUGUGCUCAAGUCAUUGAAAGUGUUGGACUACUGCCUUCAUGAAGGUUCCGAGAUGGUAGUUACAUGGGCCAGAAAGAAUAUUUAUAUUAUUAAAACAUUGCGCGAGUUCCAGUAUAUUGAUGAGGAUGGUCGCGAUGUUGGACAAAAUGUCCGAGUUUCCGCGAAGGAAUUAACCGCCCUGAUCCUUGAUGAAGAUCGGCUGCGAAACGAACGCUCUGAUCGGAAACUCUGGAAAUCGCGUGUCAGCGGAAUCGACGAUGGUAUACAUGGCAUUGCUGGCGGCAGUGAGCCAGGCCGUCCUCCAAGACGGGAUCGUCCUCAAAGACCAAAUGAUGAAGAGGAUGCGGAAUACCGCCUUGCAAUCGAGGCCAGCAAGCAUGAAGCCGAAGAGGAGAAGAAACGACGCGAAAGGGUAGCACGCGCCGAAGAUGACGAUGACGAUCUUGCCAAGGCUAUAAAACUGAGUAAGGAAGAAGAGGAGCUUCGAAGACGUGAACUGGAAGAGAGCAAUCCCUCUGCGCUGUUCGACGACAACACCCCCUCUGCGGUGCAACCUGCUCAGCCUCAAUUGACAGGGUAUAACCAGGGAUAUCAGCAGCAGCCAGCAAUGCCCUCAAACCUAUGCCAACUGCUCCAACAAUCCAUUUGCCUCGUCAUCACACGAACCCAAGCGCAGCAGAUCCAUAAGACCGGCCCACCAUCCCUCAAUUCUCUCACUGAACAACGCACCGCCCAACAGUUCACUAAUAGCCAAUCAUCAACAAACCCCAUCAUCAAUUACCAGUUACCCCUCAAUACACAACAGCAGCAACAACAACAACAACAGCAGCAACAAACCCGAAACCCGCAACAUGCCCGCCUCAACGCCCUCCUUGCUACCGGCGAGGGUCAAGACACUUUUGGUAACGUCGGCGACCUCCGUAUCCCCGCCCAGCACACCGCGCCUGGCGUAUUCGUAAACUCCGCCGGCCAAGGCCUCGACCGUCUCCAACCGAACCAAACCGCGAACAACCCUUUUUUCAACCAGCAGUUUACGGGAGCUCCGCAACAGCAGCAGCGCAAUAACAAUCCCUUUGGAAUGCAGCCGGGGAAGGGAAAGGAAGAUGAGGGAGAGGCAUUGAUGGGCUGA